AUGGCGUCUUCUUCCCGUGUGCGCUGCUUGAGAUCCGUGCCCUCCUGCCCGGUGUCCCGGCUUUCCCUGGGGCCAAAAUGUGUUGGUACCCCGGAUGGCGGAGCGUCUGCCACUGACCCAAGCUGUCUCACCGAAGGGACUGAGACCCAGUGCACUUGCCAAGACAAGAAUGGUUCUGCGAAGGAUCUCGUAGCGACCCUCUCACAGAAUCAAAAUGGCUUGAACAUAAGAUGCAAAAAGACCGAACUGAAAUUUGCGCCUGAAAGCUCAAAUGGCAAAGCAGUCUGUCCGUCGACCACAACAGAGCUCAAGGACUGCAAACCAGCUUCGACGCGAAGCGUUCCAAACUCCGUUGAAAUUGACACUCUUCUCAGCGGCUCUCCAAAAGACGUGUCUUGGAAGGAUGAUGGAGGAGACAAUCAGUACACGUCUAAAAAGUUGGUCAUCCCUCAAGAGUACUUUCCCUCUGUCGACCAAAAGUUCAUUGUCGGCUGCGUCACAAGCGACUCCGCGACGCAGGCCACCGCAAUGAAGGUGACAGUGACGCUUGAAGCAAAGGCAAGUGCAACUCAAGAGCAGACUGUCAACUGCGCCUACGGGGCGAAUAGCAACAAGGCCCACCAAGCCAUCACUCUGACUCCGGAAAAUAACAAGUUCACUCUGGUGUGCGGAGAUAAAGGACAGAUUCUGCCGACAAACUAUCAAGAGACAUAUUGCGCUCAUGAAGACGGAAAGGACGCAGCUGACACGUGCAAGGACGCGUACAGUGGAAUUUUCCCGAAUUACGAAACAACUUGGUGGACGAAAGCCACAGAACCCCCCAGCAACGAGUACACGUUCAAGAUUCCAGAGGGUCAGUUCCCGACAGAGAAACAGACGUUCAUGGUCGGGUGCCACCGACAGACACCAGUUCAAGAUAAUGCACAGAAGAACGGAGUUGACAACACCGCCCAAGAAGCGAAGCCGACUGUGUGCACCGUUGAUGUGACGGUUGCAGCCUCUGCACCUUCCUCUGCUGCUGAGUUGGCAAGUGGCAUAUCUCUCAUGUUGUUGUCCGUUGCAUCGAUUGCCUUCUCAUUUGCCUUGUAGAGAGUGAAUUUUGUGAGCUGCGAUUUUUCGGUCGAGAGAGCUGUUCGUCCAAACCGAGCUGCAACCCGCAGCACUGGAAUAGUUUUGUGAAAGGCAGUUUUUCGUGACGGUAGGCGGCUAA